AUGGAUAGAAAAGUGGUGAAUAGUGGUGUCGAGGAAAUUUUGAAUAAUGAAGAAGCUUUCAAAAUCUUCAUUAGGUUUGACGAGACGGCGUCAUCUUGGAGGAAGCGUCGCGGUGGUGGCGCUGCUAUUCGGCAUGCACCUCCGAUCACCCCAGCUUCUGUACCAUCUGCAUCGAGCCAAAACCAGUUAUUGUCUCGAUCGGUGGAAAAAAUGUUUGAAGAAGCUGAACUCAGUGGUGUUCUUCUACUUACUGGGCGUAAACUUAAAGAAUUCCCUCCCGAACUGACUGUAAAAUUUGACAUCAGCGAUCUUAUUUUUGCAGAUCUUAGCGACAAUCGUUUGAGCGAGCUUCCGUCGUUUAUUUAUCAGCUGGGUUCAAUGGAAACUUUGCGAGUUCGUUCUACUGGGCUUCGCACACUUCCAAAUACCUUUUAUACGCUUAGUUCACUUACUUACCUAGAUUUAAGUUGUAAUCAGUUGACGUCCUUGCCCAUUGGUAUCUUUUCGCUUCGGUUGCAAAUAUUAUUGUUGGCAGAAAAUAAUAUAGAACUUUUACCGCGUGACAUUAGGCAGUUGGCGGAUACUCUUAGCGAACUAGAUGUAAGUUUUAAUCGUUUACGGGCAGUCCCGGUUGAUAUUGGUUUGUUGAAGUCAUUACGAGUUCUUAAUUUACGGGCUAAUCGUCUCAGCCAUUUGCCUUCAGAAAUUUCACGGUUAGAGUUACGAGAGCUUAAUGUUGCUGAAAAUCAAUUAACGGAAUUGCCUUUUGAAUUUUACAUGCCAUCACUUGUCAGCUUUUGUGUUGAUGCGAAUCCAUUCAUUUCCCCUCCGGUAAAGGUGUGCUCAAAGGGACGAGAACACAUCUUUAAAUGGUUGCGUUCAAAAGCAGCAUCAAAUAGCGUAUAUUCGAGACCGGACGAGUGGUUACAAAGACCUGCUUCUGUUUCAAUAAACGCGACUAUACGACGGCAGAAAGGGUAUCACGAAAACUCAGGACGUGCGGAUCGCCGCACUCGAGCUACUCGAUUUAAUACUCUUGGAGGUAGCGAUUCAGGCUACGCAUCAACUGCUGAUGAGCAUCGCCUUUCUAAUGAGUAUCAGUCAUCAGUUAAUAGUGGCAGCCUUUUCGGCAUUAACGAAUCCUUGCCGUCUCCAACUUCUGAUAGAGAUUCUCCAAAAUCAAAUGGCUUGAAUUCGUCUGGUGAUCGAACGAUCACUUCUGAGUGCAAUAGCCCCGUAAUGGAAAAUAGUUCAGGGUUACUGAAAGAAGUAAUGUUGGCUUAUGCUGAAAAGAUGGCUGCUGGGAAGUCUACAUCGCCUAGGAAAGCGGGGACGUUUCGGGUUAGGUGUGACAAUUCUGAAAAUAGCGCAUUUGAGGGGACAUCUGUUGCCUCUUCACUUGGAUCUGUUCCUUCUGCUCCAGCAUCAAAUCUUCCACACGUUUAUCCUUUAACGCGUCCACAAGCAAUUGUCACUCCAAUGAGCUCCAAGCCGUUAUGUGCACAGGCGAUGAUCAAGGACGAUAGCAUAGAUUUGAAGCCUAGCAGAGUUGAUGGAGUCGUUGAAUUAACGGAUGAUGGUCAGGUGAUAAAGCGGACUAUCGUGGUGACAAACUCAGUUGAUGAGGAUCUUGACAAAAGUAACAAUAAUCUCUCCUCGGUUUCGGAAACAAUAUGUGUCGACAAUAAAACACCUAAAACCUUUCAUAGCUUUUCACGUCUGAGUAAUACAUCUGCAGUGCGUCAGAUCAGUGAACCUCCAAAAACAUUUUUUCCUUUGGGUAGCACAGAUGUUGAAGUGAUCUAUGGCACUCCGAGGCAAAGAACACCGGUGAGAAGGCGCAACGAAACUGUCGAGAACGCUGCAGUUUUAUCUCCUGUGAUUGAAGUACCCGCAACGCCUGAAAAUGGCAACUUGGUUCAAGAUUGUUGUGCCUGCCCAACAACAUGUGUAAACCCUUCAUCAUCCAGUUCGGUUGCUACGACUGUUUCUUGUAAUUCAGCUGCUGAGAGUGUUUCUUCAACUGUUAAGAUGCCUUCUACAAAAACAAGUAAAAGUACGUCUGGGUUUGUUGGGACGACACUUCCUCAUUCGUCCUCCUCUAGUGUAAAUAGAACAUCUAACACGUCCGCAAAGAGUGCUGCUCUCCGGAAGCCAAUUGCAGCGUCACAUGGAGUUUCACGUAUAGUGCCGACAGCACCGGCGCACAUUUCAGUGACCACAGCGUCCCGAACAAAAGGGUCAAAGCUGGCGAAAGCGCGUGAUAGUAUUGGAGUGACAAAGGGCCAUAUGGCUAACAAUAACAACAAUGCAGUACGAAGAACGACAGUGUUAUCAUCUCGGGCACAAACUGAUGACAGUAGUACAACUGCUACAACAAGUGUUAAUACUUUAGUUGCAAGGAGAAAUAUUGAUAGCAUGCGAAAGGCUUUGGAAAGUCGGCUCGAGACUACUUUGCCAAGCGAAAGAGAGGAACUUGCAGCGUGCAUUUCUGAUGGCAUCAUGCUCUGUAAUUUUGCCAAUCGAAUACGCACGCGGUGCAUCCCCACGAUCUUAUCAGCAACUUCGCAGACUCCGUUGUCCUUGCCGAAGUGUCGUCGUAAUGUUGACAAUUUCUUAUCAGCCUGCCGCAGAAUCGGUGUUGCUGAGAAUGCCGGUCUUAGAAGCUCACAGUACAUGGCUAACAUAAUACUAGUUGUUCGUUAUAAAGUCUAA